GAUGACGAUCCACCGUACGGUCAAGGAACACUGGGUAUGUUUUCUGGCGUCUUCGUUGGAUAUAUGCAAAAUAUUCUGCUUCUGAGUCUGUUCUUUAUCCGACUGCCCUGGAUUGUAGGCGUUAUGAGUCUCAGUCUCGCAACACUCUCAAUUAUACUCGUCUUUUUAACGGUACUGCAUAGUUUCUUUUACUAG